GAAAGUCUUUGAAGUUUACGCGUUUAGCCUGCAGACGAAAUGUAUUUCUGAGUUGACAGGAAAUUCGAAGCGGUGUGAAGUUAGUUUUAGAUUUCUUUUCAAUUCAGUUUUGUUAAAUGUUAAACGUCUUAAACAACUGCUCUGUACACAUAGUUUUAAUUUUUAAGUCAACACUCUUCUUUCUAAUUGUGUAUACGUGACUCAUGUUUAUUUAAGCAAAUUUGACGACGUGAAAUAGCAGAUCACUGCUGAUGUCUUUGAAGUAAUGUCACGUUUAAAGCAAGAAACAUUUCAGUUACACUGACCUAAUAUUAAAAAAAAAAACUGGAUAAAAAGCACAACCCAGUUUUUAUUUCCACAAAUCAGGAUCAUCAAGAAGUCUUGCUAGGAAUGUUGAAUCGAAACGUCGUGCAAAAACCCUUUUCUUUUGGAUAUUGGAUAUCAACCGAAUUUCGUCCUAAAGGCAUUAUUAUUACCACGCGGACCCAGUGAUAUCCUUCCCGGAGUAAGGAAGAUGAGUUUGACAAUAUUUGUAGGUAAACUUAUCGAUUCUGUGUCGACAGUAUAUCGAAUUCAUCUAUUCCUUUCUGCAAAAAAAAGGGAAAAGAAAGGAAUAAUGCUCGGCAAUCAUCGGUUUAAUAUUGCUGCAUGCAAAGUAACGGGGGAUGACGAAACUAUAGAUGUCCUACUAGAUAUAGCGUGUGCCUUGUGCGUGUUCGGGACGGCCAAGAGCCAAGUUCAGCCAAAGCAAUAAACCCAAAUCGGGAGUCAGUCCAACGAGGAGGUAUACAGUCUCACAUCUAUUGAAAUAACUUUGGCAAGUUUUAACGGGUUUUUUUUGCCUCUUUUUUCCAUUUCAGGUUUUUCUCGCCCGUUUCAAUCCUCCCGCAUGUGCCUGCCCUAUACGCCAGAAAGUCGACAGCUUUUUUUUUUCCUUCCCGCUGUGUAAACUUGUGUGUCUUGAUACUUGUGACCGACACGUUUGCACAGCGUUAGAGAGAGAAAGUAUGGAACUAAAGCUCCCUCCGACGGAAAUAAUCACGCUUCGGUGUAGUAGUAGUAGUAGUAGAAGAUGCAUGGCCCCAAAAAGUCUUUUGACACACAACCCAGGACCAGGAGGUUCGGGUCUUCCUUCAGUGUUGCCGCCGCCGAUGGAUUGUUGUGUUGACCGUGUCUCUACGGCACGUUUGUUUUGGUUUUCAACGACCGGAGAAUGUCUCUUAAGCGAUAAGACAAGCUCAAAAAUGGUGGUGUUACGUUCGCGUGUAUGAACAGACAAGAACAGACGUAACAAACAAGAAACUACUCGGAGGAUUCAUCGAGCCGGAACUUGUUCUUCAUCUCUGGAGUUGCAUCUCUACAACAAAGACAACCGACCGGUCCCCCUAAAGAAGAACGAAUUUCAUAAUUCCGCAGCUCUAAAUAAUUUCCGGCUCUCCUCUUGUGGUUUUUAUUUUUGUCAGAAGAAGAAGGAAACGACGUCAUAAUGCGCUGCACUCUGCUGGGCGGACUGUGCGCCUUUUGCCUACUGUUAACCAUCAGCAUCGUCAUCAUUCUCCUUUCCCAGAGCUCAUCCUGCCCAUUGGGAACGUUCCGUUGCCUCGGUAAUGACAGCGAGAUCGGAGUUUGUCUACCCCGUCGUUUGCUCUGCGACAACCGGCCCGAUUGCCCCGACGGCAGCGACGAGGAUCCCCUCAAAUGCUCUGACAAUUACGGAGAGCUCCAAUCGUUUGUCAACGUUGUGUCGGAGAAUCCGGCCCCGGAAUCGACCACCGUCCAAGCCACCGUCUCUCCGUUCUUCGCCAAUUGCUCUGCCAAGGCCUACCCGAGAGGUUGCACAUGUCAAAACCGUACGUGGCUUUUCUGCCUCAAUUUGGAUUUGAUGUCGGUGCCUACAGUGGAAGCCCGUCUCUCUCGACUGGUGUUGAUGAAUAAUUCCAUCAAGCGCUUGUCAGCCAAAGAUCUUGAAGGCUACGACCUGGAAUUCAUUCGACUGGAAGACAACCUUCUGGAGGUGAUAGAGGACGACGCUCUGAGCCAUCAACGUAACUUGACUAAACUAAUGCUGGGUGGCAACAAACUAUCGGACCUCUCUGCGAGCACCUUUCAGGGACUGGAUCGUUUGAAGUGGCUCUUUUUGUAUCGCAACCAGUUGGGCAACACGACGAACAUGAAAGUCUUUCAUCCUCUGACAUCGUUACGCUGGCUGGACUUGUCUCACAACGACUUGGAUCUAGGAUCGGACAAUGUCUUCCCACAUUUGGACUCGCUCUUGGAUCUCUUUCUGAACGAAAAUCGAAUUCAGAUGAUACGGAACAAUACGGUGGCCUCUUUAACCAACCUGAUUCUAUUGGAUCUGAAACACAAUUCCAUUCGAGAAAUUCACGAGGAUGCCUUCGUCCUUUUAUCUCGAUUAAAAUUUCUAGAUCUAUCCUACAACAUGCUGGAAUACGUGCCCGAAAAUUUAUUCCGGUCCCAGCGUAACCUGACGCAAUUACGUUUGGGAUUCAAUCCCAUUCACCAUGUUCCAGCCGGCCUGUUUCUUCCGCUCUCCAAUCUCAGAUCGCUGAGACUCCAAGAUAUUGACAUUCCCGACAUCAGCGAAGAAAUGUUCGCCCCGUCGACUCUACUUGAUUUCGCGUAUUUCAAGAACUUUCGCUAUUGUUCGUACGUCGCUCACGCUUCGAAAUGUCAGCCGCUUUCCGACGGAGUGUCCUCGUUUUCGGACCUGAUUUCCCACGGCGUCCACCGGGCCUUUCUCUGGAUCAUCGGCGUAUUGACCAUCGUCGGCAACGCCCUCGUCCUUGGCGGCCGGAACCUGGCCAAGACGGAGAACCGAAUAUUGGCCAUGUUUGUCAAAAACCUGGCAGCGGCCGACAUGUGCAUCGGGAUCUACCUGCUUUGUUUGGGCGAGCGUGACAUCAGCUUCCGCGGCCAGUACAAUCAGCACGCCCAUCAUUGGAUGAUGUCGUGGCAGUGCACAGUCAUCCGCGUCCUUGCCGUCUCCACUUCCGAGGUUUCGCUUCUGUUGCUGACGUUCAUGUCCGUCGAGCGCUUUGUGUCCAUCUCGCAUCCGUUUGGCGAGCGGACCCUCAAUUUCCGUGCGGCUUUUAUCAGCACGGCCCUCAUCUGGACGGUCGGACUCGCUCUGAGUCUCAUUCCAGUGCUCUAUUGGAGCGAAAUGGGCCGUCAUCACGGCAGCAACGGCCUCUGCUUCCCGCUUCACAUUCACGAACCGUCGGCGCUGGGCUGGCAGUACUCUGCCUUUCUCUAUAUCGGCAUCAAUGGCUCAUGCGUUCUGGUGAUUGUGGGCGUGUACACGGCGCUGUUUGUCAGCAUCAGGCGGACGAGGACGGCCACGCCGCUGGCUCCCAACGAAAUCGAAAUAGCCGUCCGCUUCUUUUUCAUCGUCUUCACCGACUGCCUCUGCUGGAUGCCCACCAUCCUUUUGAAAAUCAUGGCCCUGGCCAACGUCUACAUUCCCGCCGAUCUCUACGCAUGGCUGGUCGUUUUCAUCUUGCCCGUCAACUCGGCCAUCAAUCCUCUUUUGUACACGUUUACUACACCGACGUUUCGUGCGGCCGUUCGUGAUUUCUAUCACCGGUUCGCCCUACUGAGACCUGACUGGACCAGCGCGGCCACCAGCAGCAUAGGACUCACAACGAUGGGUCGUGGAGUUCGAUCGAGCGCCAGUUUCCGCCACAACGAUUUCAACCAAUCGUCGACGCAAGGCAAUCACGUUCCAGUAGCAACUGAAGAAGAAGGUCGACAUCACACUGACCUGGUGCUGUUGGACAUCCGAGCUGAAACCAUCGUGUUGCAACAACAGCAACAACCGAAAGCCAAGUCACUGUGGAGAAGUGGAGCCAAACCCGCCAAUCAUUUCAUCGAAUCCCUGUAGGUUCGGAGCCAGUCAAUCAACGCCCUUCACACAAAGUUAUGUCUGUAAAUAUAAAAUACGUAAAGUUAAAAAAAUGAAAAAAUAAUAAUUCUUUUGUGAGUGUGGAUGCAUUUUGUAUGUGUGAAAAUGGUAAUACUCUACACCCCUCUGCUGUGUAUCUGUGUAUACGUGUGGAUGAACGAAUCAACGGCUAUAAAUAUC